UCUCAUCGCCUGUUCGCUCAUUGAUUCGUUAACUUCUUGUUGCUCAUUGCUAACGGCCGUUGCUACAUCGUUAAUCCGUCUGGUUUGGUUUGUUGGCGUCGAGGUUCGCUCGCUGCACUCAGUUCAAAUUGAAUUUUCAUGGUGAGCGCUCGUUGGUUAUUUCCUACGUUCGGUUUGUUGCACAUUUCGGCCUGUGCUACCGUCGGUGGUUCACUUGUUUUAGUUCAGUUGAUUUGAGAUUUUCCAAAGCUGUGCCGAAAGAGAGGAGUAGGAUGUGCGCGGUUCGGGCUCCAUUGGCAAGCGGUGGUAAUUGAGUUGGCCGAGGUCUAAACCGGAAUUCACUUCAUCGGUUGCGCUGUCUGCCGAACGCGUUGCGUGCGAUUGCAAUUAUUUUUAUUAACACCGCCACAAAAUUGAAUCUUAAUUGAUUGGCAUAAUAAGCUAACAAUAACAAAAACACUAACAAUAUGAAAUAUUUAUAAUGAAAUUGUCUACAUAUACGCAAGGAGCGGCAACGACAAUACGACUGUGAAUACACACAUGCAUACAUAUACAUAUAAAUCGAUGUUUGUGAGUUUUGUGCAUUUAAUGUUUAAAUUGGAGUGGCUAAAAAUAGUUUGUGAGAAUUUUGUGCGAAUUCUAUGUGGACUUUUCCAACAUAUUUCGCGCCAGCAGCUGCAGCAAUUUUUGUACCGUGCUGCAAUAUAUACAAACGCUCAUCAUCAGUGCGCUAGUUCAGAAUGGUUUUAGAGCAACAAUUGCAGCAACAACACCAACAACAAAACUUGCAGGUACAGCGUUUAUCAACGCAAGCACGUUUAAGUCCGACGGCUGAUACCGUCAGCGGCUCCGAUAGCGUUGGGGUCAGUAGUGGUAUUGUUUCCUCGUGUCCCGGAACAAUUGUCCGUUCGACAGGUGCCUCAGCUACAAUGCCGCCGGAAGGUUUGCAUCCAACAGCUGCAUUGCAGUUGUACGCUGCUGCAGCCCAACUAGCACCGGGUGGAGUGCGCGUUCCGCCUUGGGGACCGUUUCUACAAUUCGGUGUGCCGGGCGUUUUUGCCGGCGGUCCAUUUUUGGGUCGUCCACGUUUCGAGGCUAAUUCGCAAAAUGCUGCUGCUGCCGCCGCAGCCUCGCAAAUGGCAGUCAAUGCAAGUAAUGCCUUCGCUAAUUUAACUGGCCUAAGUGUGGCGAUGCGAAAUGUGUCAGCCGUGCAAACGACUGCGGCCGCGGCUGUGGCUACAGUGGCCAUUCAACAUCGAUUAAUGAUUGGAAAUCGACAAAAUUUAGCGGCGGGCCCACCAAGUGAAGGAUCGAAUGAGGAUGGAGGUUUUCCAGGCGAUGGCGAUGAAGAUAGUAACGCUGCAAAGCGUAGACGAUCUCGCACUAACUUCAAUUCCUGGCAACUGGAGGAGCUGGAACGAGCGUUUUCUGCAAGUCAUUACCCCGAUAUAUUCAUGCGAGAAGCCCUUGCUAUGAGACUAGACUUGAAGGAGAGUAGAGUUGCGGUAUGGUUCCAGAAUCGAAGAGCAAAAGUGCGAAAACGAGAACACACUAAAAAAGGACCUGGACGACCUGCACAUAAUGCUCAACCUCAAACCUGCUCUGGGGAACCGAUCCCGCCAAGUGAAUUGAAAGCCAAAGAGAGGGCACGACGAAGAAAAAAAUUAGCGAAAGCCAUUGACCGUCAAGCGAGGAAGUUGCAGGCCAAAGGCAUCACUGUCGACCUGGAGGCACUUAAGGCCGAAUACAUAUCACAACACAAAGCCAACGGCACCUUUUCUGACUCAGAUCUUGAGGAUGAUGGCAUACAAAUCGACGUAGUGGGGGGUACGGAUAGUGACGAUGAUGCCGACGAUUCGUCAUUUCGCAGCCCUAGAGCGAGCAGCUUGGUCCCAGGCAGCUUUUCACCAACAAGUAGUCCCAAUGGAAUUGAAAGUCCAAUAUCCAAUGGGGAACGCAACACUGAAGAUGAUAGUAAUGCCACAGAUAGCUGUGGAAAACCAUACAUUUUUCCAACAGCAAGUACCGCUAUAUCUAAUCUGCGCUUAAAUUUAUCGAAUUCCAAUACACCCGCCCAUGAAUAUCAAUCCCAACACCAGCAAAAUCAACAUAAUCAAAUUCAACAUAAUCACAAUAAUCACCAACAACAAACAUCACCGAUUAGCAUCCGAAGAAAUAAUCCAUUUAGCAUAGAGUCACUCCUGUUCAACAACACGUGAGAUUUGUUGAGAUGGUUAAAUGGUUGAAUGCAAAGGCAAACAAGUUAUACGCUUUCCCGCAAGCCAUUGCUUGUGCCCACUUUACCCAUCAACAACAGUUACCCGCUAACACAAACACACGUUUUGGCUGCACAUCAGCCAGACCACUGUACAUAAACAAUUAAAUAAAAAAGUAUUUAAACGCUAAGUAUGUAUGUAUCAUAUUUAGUAUAAAAUGUAGCGAAUAGACAAAAGAAUGUACAAUGAAUGAACUAAGCUAACUAUUAAAAGGAAUUGUUUGGGAGUUACUAUGUAUGUACAUCUGUAUGUAUGAAGCGACAUGCAUUGGGGCACUCACACAUAAACAUUAAACAAUAAACAAAUUACAAACAUAUGUAAUAAAUUUUAUGAAAAUGGAUCCAGAACCAAUUGCGCAAUAUUAGAAUAAUUGAUGUACCAUAAUGAGUAGUAAUUUAUUUUUAAAAAUUUAUGCAGAAUGCAGAAUGCACAAUUUUCAACUUUCGAACAUUUUAUGCUCUUUGAAUUGUGUUUUCAAUUCAGGCAAUGCAGCGGUUCCAAAUUUCA